GAGAAAGAUGAUAAGUCGUGCUUAAUGUUCUUUAUUCUUCAUACCUAUUUUUGAUAUAUUCUUGAAUUAGUAUCAUUAUAAUUUUCGCUUUAUAAAAUCAAUGAAUAUCAUUUAAUCAUUGAGUUGGAUCUCCUUAUUUCUAGAGGAUGAUUUUUUUCCCUUCUUCUUUUGAACGAAUUUUCUUAGUACUACUGUUGGUAUCCGAUCACACGUUCAGGAAAAAUAAACAAUCGUGUUUCGCCACGUCGAAUAUUGAAAUUAUUAGGAAAUAAUUUGUGUAAAGCUGAUUACAGAAUUGACAGAGAUGGAAGCUUUAAAACAACUCUACUAGAUGGUGUAUGUUGAAGAAGCUUAUUAAAUCACUAUAUUUAUUGACUACCUCAAAAAUGGCAGCAAGGCGAAGUACCAGGCACACAGUUGAGGAAACAGAUUUAGGAGAAGAUUCAUUCCCCCAUGUACCUGUGUCCACCAGAACAAGACAUGAGGAAUCUACAGAUAACUCGAGGGGUUUAGAAGGAGACUAUGGCAAUGUGGCUUUGUUGUUAUUUCUAUAUUUACUUCAAGGUAUUCCCCUUGGUGUAGCGGGCAGUGUACCUAUGCUGUUGCAAAGCAGAAGUGUUAGUUACAAAGAACAAGCUGUGUUUAGUUUCGUGUUCUGGCCAUUUAGCCUGAAAUUGAUAUGGGCACCUCUUGUGGAUUCUUUGUAUUUGUCUUCUUUUGGAAGAAGGAAGAGCUGGUUGGUUCCUAUUCAAUAUCUGAUUGGAGUUUUCAUGGUAAUCUUAUCAUUUCAAGUAGACAGUUUGAUAGGACGGGAGACCAACGGUGGAGGAGUGAGUAUAUAUGUGCUAACAGCAAUAUUCUUUAUGUUGAAUUUCCUCGCUGCCACCCAAGACAUAGCUGUAGACGGCUGGGCCCUGACAAUGCUCUCCAGGAGAAAUGUUGGCUGGGCAAGCACAUGUAAUUCUGUUGGACAAACUGCAGGGUAUUUUCUGGGAAACAUUUUGUUUUUAGCCUUAGAGUCCGCUGAUUUUUGCAACAAGUAUUUGAGACAUGAACCUCAGAAAACUGGAGUUGUCACUCUUGCUGGAUUCAUGUUCUUCUGGGGCAUUGUUUUCUUUGUGACAACAACCCUGGUGAUGAUAAUGAAGCACGAGGCUGAUGAUCCUGAUGCAGACAGUGAGCAGGGCAUCGUAGACACAUACAAACAACUAGUCAAGGUCAUCCGCCUACCUCCUGUGAUCUCUUAUGCCAUUAUACUUCUCACAGUCAAGAUUGGAUUUGCAGCUGCCGACUCCAUGACAGGUUUGAAGUUGAUUGAGGCUGGAAUGAAGAAGGAGACACUGGCUCUGUUUGCUAUUCCCAUGAUUCCUAUACAAAUCAUUCUACCACUGAUCAUCAGUAAAUACACUGCAGGUCCAACCCCCAUGGAUGUGUUCCUGCGUGCAAUGCCAUUUAGAUUACUACUGGGCUUUGUGUAUGCCUUCAUGGUGUGGAUGUCUUAUGGUGUACAAACCAGUCCUGGAGUUUUCCCAGCCUCUUUUUAUGCAUUUAUAUUAAUUGCCUAUGCUGUUCAUCAGGUGGCGCUGUAUAGCAUGUUUGUAUCCUCCAUGGCUUUCCACGCUAAGAUCAGCGACCCUGCUAUAGGAGGCACCUACAUGACACUACUUAACACCUUAUCCAAUCUCGGUGGUAACUGGCCUAGCACACUGGCAUUGUGGUUAGUGGAUGGUUUGACAUGGAAAGAGUGUAUUGGAGCAAAUGGUAGUUGUGAAAAUUCAGCUCCUGUAGAUGAACAAUGUACCCAACAUGGAGGUGCAUGCAAGACCACACUAGAUGGCUACUAUAUAGAAUCCCUGCUUCUUAUUGCUGUGGGCUUUCUGUGGUAUAUAUGGAGGUACAAAAAAGUGAAGGAACUGGACAGACUUAAUAAAUCGGCCUGGAAAUGCUCAUAACUUCCACUCACAGUUUAGCUCUUUUAACGCAUUCCUGUGUAUUGAUAUUGUGUGAUACAAUCAGAUUUCCAAUGUUUAAUUUCAUCUCUUUCUACAGUGGUGACAGAAUAAUCAUGGACAUGCUACUGUACUGCUGUGUAUUACAUAUUAAGCAAAUCUGAAUCUCACAAUUAACAAUGGGGUAUUUCUUAUUCAGAUAGUUAGUAAAUCACUUAUAUUUCAUGAGGACUUAUUUCCACUAUCUGUCGAAUUCGUCAGCCAGACAUGUCCUUUCAAAAGAAACAUAACCAGAAAUGUUAUCUUCUCAUCAUGUUUUACAGAACUACAUGCAGUUUAUGUUGCUGUCAUUUUGACAGAUCAUUUGUAAAAUAAAAUGAAAUACAGUAUGCAUA